AUGGAUCAACUUCUUAAUGAAUCAGUUUCAACUCGUUCCCAAAUUGGUGGUUUAACAAACAAUAUUGUGACUUUAGAUUCAAAACUGGACGAGAUGAAAACUUUUUUGGAUCAAAUGGCGUCAAAGUUCUCUGACCUUUUAAUUCAAAAUGUCGACAUGAAAAAGUCGAUUGAUGGUCUUCAAAGUCGCUUUCCUACCAAAACUGAGAAAAUUGACGAAGUCAAUAAAUUGCCGUCGGAAAUUGAAAAGGUUGAAAAUCAGGUCCAACAAAGUGCGCCGACGCAAUACACCAAAUCGCCAUCACCGAAACUACAACAACAACCAAAACAACCCCAUCCGUAUCAACAAGAAAUCCAACGCCCAAAUUAUCCCGCCAAAAGUCCAAGUCCAAACACCCCCAAAGAGCAGAAGAAGCCGUCGAUUCCAAUUAGAAAUAAAAUGAAACCGACUCCAUUGGUGCCAAAGAAUAAGAAGGACGACUUUGUGGGUACUCAUUUGAAGCGGAAAUUGUUAAUUUCAACAAACAGCUGA